GUCAUUCUUGAGGUAUCGAGCGCGGGAGUCGCGCGUCGCGAAUCUCUAAAACUUUUUUUGUACGAAAACAUUGUUUUGACCACUAAAAAUGAUUAGAGCCUUAAUUGGCUUCCUAGUCACAGCUCUCGUUGCACCUGGUCUCGCACAAGACUCCGCGCCUAUAUCGCCGUGCCCCAAUGUCUUCAUGUACGAACCACCGGGCACGGAGCCCGGCAGGUGGUACGGAGUGGUCAAUCUGUCAACAGACAAUACUUUGCACUCAUUAUGGCUGAAUAUUGUGUUGGACAAGAAGGCUGAUAUACUUGGGAACUGGGUAGGAGAUGUGUCGACAACAGACAAUAUAGACUUUAAGGUUGAAAACACAAAGAUGAAAAUACAUCCUGGCCCAGCGGUAGCCGUCCGUUUCUUCGUGCAGUACAGUCCAUUAAGUCCACCGGCGCCAAAAUUAAAAGCCAUUAGAUUGAAUGGAAGGGAGAUUUGCAAUGCCGAUAUCCCUCGUCCGGACACUUUCGAGACUGUACAAGAUGGGGAACCAACUCGGAACCCCAAGCCCAGGCCGCAGCAGACAAAACCUCAGCCUACAAAGCCUUCGACAAGGCCAACGAAGGUUGAGGUUGAAAAGCCAGUAGAACAAUCAAGUUGGUCCAAUCAGCCUUCAAAUCAACGACCUAUUAAUACACCGGAUAGACCAACUUUGUAUGAGGGUCUGAAGCCACAAGAUACUCCAAUAACAAGACCAGUUCAUGGAACCCCUACUAAUAGUGGACCUGUAUAUACGCCUCCAGUAAAUGAACCUAUACCAUCGAAAAUAGAUGAUGAACAGCCGAAUCAUAACGGUUUAAAUAUCAACCAACCUGGAUUCAAACUUACCCCAUCUCCGCCAUUCCGCGUCACCACAGAUAGUAAUCGUGAGCCAGUCGAUUUCGAGGAGCUAAGCCGGCCGAUAGACCCGUCUGAAUAUUUCGAUCGAGAGAAACCACUGAUCCAACUGCCACCAAAGAGAGGGAAUACUAACUCGGGAAAUACAGGUGUACAGGAUACCCAGAAUGUGCAAUGUGGUAAAGUGAUGCGACAGAAUCCGAACUUGCUAGUGCUCAAUGGGAAACCGACUUACGAAGGAGAAUGGCCAUGGCAGAUCGCUCUCUAUCAAACUCAGACGGUAGAUAACAAAUACAUCUGCGGUGGUACUCUGGUGUCACAUAGGCACGUCAUCACCGCGGCUCACUGCGUGACCCUGAAGAAUGGUAACAGAGUGGUCAACAAAGACACCCUUUCUGUCUACUUGGGGAAACAUAACCUCAGGACCUCAACGCAAGGCGUACAGAUCAAAUUUGUCGACCAAAUAAUAAAACAUCCGCGAUACAACGCCUCUACAUUCAACCGGGACCUGGCGAUCCUGGUGCUGCGGGACCCGGUCACAUACUCGGACUGGGUCCGGCCCGCCUGCCUCUGGCCCGACGACCUGGUCGACAUCAACAACGUCGUCGGCAAGAAGGGAUCGGUAGUAGGCUGGGGCUUCGAUGAGACGGGGCUAGCCGCAGAGGAGCUGACUCUAGUAGAAAUGCCUGUGGUAGAUGAACUCACUUGCAUCAAAUCGUACAGCGAAUUCUUCUCACGCUAUCUAUCAGAGUAUUCUUACUGCGCUGGAUAUAGGAAUGGUGCAACGGUGUGUAAUGGUGACAGCGGUGGCGGCAUGGUCUUCAAAUACAACGACAUUUGGUUCCUUAGAGGACUCGUCUCCUUAUCAGUAGCAAGGAACAACGAACGCCGAUGUGAUCCUAAACACUAUAUAGUAUUUACCGAUUUAGCGAAAUUCCUGCCCUGGUUGAAGCAGCAAAUAUAUGAUGUUUAACUGAAUUUAACCGCCAUCUUGUUGUAGCAGCCAUUUUGUUUAUACUACGUGAAUAGUUUAAUGUAGUUCGUAGGAUUGUACCUGUACCUAUAUCAAGUGACUUCGUUUUCCGCGUAACGAGGGUAUUGUUGUCGUAGGAGAUUGGAACUUUUUUUAGUUUUAUACCUAUACAAACAAAUACGAAAACAUUUUUUUUUUAUAGUUGCAAAUAUAUUUUUUACUAAGAACUAUUGAAAUAAUGAAAUAUGCUUCUUUUAAACGUUAUAACUCCUAUUGGUCUUUAGACCACUUUGGGGACUAAGGCUUUAAAUAAAUAAAUUAUACAUAAUUAAACAAAACACGAAGAAAAAAAA